UUCAGCUAUAUGUUUAGCAGUAAUAGAAAAAAUUCCAAUCCAUAAGAAAGCCUCUGUUAAUGAAAAAUCAACUAUAGAAGAACAAUUAAAUAAGAUCAUUGAAGAUGGCAAUAUCGAAGAAAAAUAUAAAGAAAAUAUAAAAAAAUUAUUUAAAAAUAAUAAGAAUUUGUUUGCAAAUGGACUAGAAGAACUUGGACAAACAAAUCUUGUGAAGCACGUAAUUAAAACUCAAGACACCAAACUCAUAAAGCAACCACCGUAUCGAUUAGGAACUAGAAAAAGAAGAAAAUAA